AUGGGGUCCUGUUUAUCAUCAGGAGGAAGGAGGAGAUCUCUCCAUGGAUCUUCUCAUGCUCAUUGUUCAAGGAGGAGGAGAAAGAGUUCCAAGAGGAGACCAAGGUCUUGUACUUCUUCUUUCGACAGCAUUGGUGAAGAUGAGCCACUUCUCCACAGGAUCCCUGGAAGGAUGUUCUUGAAUGGCUCUACCGACACUGCCUCCCUCUUCUCUCAACAAGGCAAGAAAGGUCCUAAUCAAGACGCCAUGAUUUUCUGGGAGAAUUUCGGGUCUAUGGCGGACGCGGUUUUUUGUGGUGUUUUUGAUGGACAUGGUCCAAAUGGUCACAUUGUGGCAAAGAGAGUGAGGGAUUUGCUUCCACUCAAAUUGGGGUCGCAUUUGGAGUCUUACGUUUCCUGCGAGGAAGUACUUAAAGAGAUCAGCAUCAACACUUGUGAUAGAAAGAUCUCGGAAAAUCUUGUGCAUAUAUCUGCCGGUGGAGAAUCCCGAGUCUACAAUAAGGAUACCGUAAAGGAUCAGGAUAUGAUUCAAACACUAUUAUCCUCAAUUGUGAAAGCUUACAGAUUUAUGGACAAGGAAUUGAAGAUGCAAAAGGAUGUUGAUUGUUUUUGCAGUGGAACAACUGCAGUAACCAUGGUCAAGCAGGGUCAACAUCUUGUUGUCGGAAAUAUUGGGGAUUCAAGAGCACUAUUGGGUACGAGGAACAAAGACAAUAAACUCGUUCCUUUUCAAUUAACUGAAGAUCUCAAACCAGAUGUUCCAGCGGAAGCAGAAAGGAUAAGGAAAUGCAGAGGACGUAUAUUUGCUCUUCAAGAUGAGCCGGGGGUUUCCCGCCUCUGGCUUCCUAACCACAACUCACCUGGUCUAGCCAUGGCACGUGCUUUUGGAGAUUUUUGCCUCAAGGACUUCGGUCUCAUUUCUGUGCCUGAUGUGUCCUACCGACUUCUCACUGAGAAGGAUGAAUUUGUUGUCUUGGCAACUGACGGGAUUUGGGAUGCAUUGACGAAUGAAGAGGUUGUAGAGAUUGUAGCGAAAGCCCCAACACGUUCCUCAGCUAGCCGAGCCUUGGUGGAAGCUGCAGUGCGGAAUUGGAGAUGGAAGUUCCCGACUUCAAAAGUCGAUGACUGUGCUGUAGUUUGCCUCUUUUUUGAUUCCGAGCCAGACUACAAACCCUCAACUGCCUCUUUCUCAGAGGACAAAAAGAUCAACAACAAUGGGGUUACUGAACCGGAACCAGACACAGCAUCAACAUCAACUCCUGACUCAGGUCUCGGAUCGCCUGAGCUCAUCAGAGUAAACAGAAUCGACACACUUGUGAAUCUCCCGGUAUAUGUGCCGACCAAAGAGUAG